AAAAAAACCAAAUGACGCUAAUACCAUACCUAGGUUUAUUAGCUGUAGGAAGUCCUUUAUUUCAACAACGGCCUCCCUGGGAUGUAGAACAACAAUUACAAAGUCUUCAUGCUUAUGAUCUUGCUCAACGGCGUUCUGAACUUCAAGUCCUUGCUACACUUAGUCUUUAUCAACCAACAAUACCAGACGACGAAUAUGACUUGGACGAUAAUAACUCUCAUUCACAAGGAAAAAAAGAACAAGGCAGUGCUAAUGAAAGUAUGACGGGACUUAUGGUGGCGAUUGGUACCAUGAUGACCAACUAUGCAGUUUCUUUUCCUAUUGUGGUGUUUCGACAUAGUUUACAAGCAACAUCCAAUCCAACAGCAAUAAUAGCAGCAGCAUUAGUAGAUACUCCUCGUCAUUGUUGGUUUUUAUUACGACGCAAAUAUCAACGGUAUGGAUUUCGCGCACUUUAUGCAGGAUUUGGACUUGGAUUGAUCAGUCAAGCUAUCACGACUACCUAUGAAUCAUUUCUGGCUAGCUUGGUGAAAAAGAUUUUGACUGUAUUUCCUACUUCUUCUUAUCAACGUUAUUUCUUAAAAGGUGUCCAUAAAUGUUGUCGAUUUGCUAUUCAUUUACCGUUAUAUUCAUUAUCCAAAACAGCAUUAGUAUUACGAGUGCAAUCACCUCAACAACCUUUGAUCUCGUCACCCACUGACUUCCUCCAAUAUUAUUCUCAUGAUCUACACCGAUUCAUCAGCUACAACAAUAAUGAUAAUAAAGGAUAUCGUCUUUCUCUAUGGUCAACCUUUAUUCCUUCUUGUCUUCUCAAUUGGGCCAAUGAAAAAUGUAUGAUGUAUUUCUAUAAACGAAUUUUUCGAUACUUGACCAAAGGAAAACAACGAAGACGACGACAAAAUAAAUCUCAACGCAUCAUGGAAUUAGACGAUACUCAACGGAACGAAAAAAAAGAAGAUGAUGAUGAUGAUAUGGAAGAUAUGGUUAAAAGAAAUAAACGACAAUCUUUGGUGGCAUCAUACUAUCCGGAAAUAGCAUCUGGAUUACUGAGUAGUAUGUUGACAAGAGCUCUUUGUUACCCUAUUGAUACCGUGAUCUUCAAAUUGAUGUUACAAGAUUCAGGCUUACUGUUACUUCCCUCCUCCUCUCUAGACACACCUUUGCCAUCUUAUUACUUUACUGGCUUUUGGGAUUGUUGUUUUUCUCUUUAUAGACAACAAGGCUGGAAAGGCUUUUUUCCUGGUUGGGGUGCUGGCGUGUUGGAAUUGGCUGCUACUUGGAUGAUCUUGGAAGCCUCUUGGUGGACCUAUUAUUUGUUGGAUCAAAGACGACUCUCUUCUUCAAGGAAACGUCGAUUGGAACAACAACAACAGUAGUUUAGCAUAACAGUCAAUAGUUUUUUUUUCAUUGUUUUUUUUUGUCGACACAAUAUAGAUCACACUGUAUAUAUAAUUAUAAUAAAAUAAAAUCAUCUCAAAUAAAAACACUAUUGAUCACAGUUGGUUUAUUU